AUGGCUGGAUUACUGCAGGCACAUGAGCAGAGUGGGCACAAGAAGCCUCGAUGGACUCCAGAAGAAGAGCAGAAACUCUUGAGCUAUAUGAAGGGACGUGAUCGUGUACGGUGGCCAGACGUCCCAAAUGCUGCAGGGCUGAACAGGAAUUGGAAGAGUUGCUGGUCGAAGUGGAAAGACUAUCUGAGGCCCGGUAUCAAGAGGGGGAACUUUUCUCAAGACGAAGUGAACAUCAUUAUAAAUCUCCAUUCUCUUUAUGGCAACAAAUGGGCAAUGAUGGCGAAAGUGCUUCAUCCCCGAACUGCCAAUGAAAUCAAGAACUAUUAUAACACCCGUUUAAAGAAGAAGCUUUCGAAAAAGGAUAUUCCCUCUUCUUCUCAGACACCACUCCAUGAAAUCGGUCUAAUUUCAACAGACCCUGCGGAGGAUCUCCCCAGUCAAACACGCGGUUUCAAUUAUGAGACUAUGGAGAAUCCAACAGUUUACAACAACUAUGCAGCCGAUCCUGGUCUUGGCUUUUUGUAUGGGAAUGCUACAAAUGAAGGUUCGACUCCAGCACUGAUGGUUUCAGUGGAAAACGUGCUCGCCCCACCACCUGAAGUGUCUGUCCGUAGUGAUGCCUGGAUAGAUAGUGAUGCCUGGAUAGAUGGAUUUUUCUCUGAGGAUCAGACUGGUGAGACUAGUGACUCUUUUGGCGAAGACACUGCACUCGUGCAGCAUACCUCCAUUAUUUAG